GUUGUGUUCAGUAAAGAUGGCUAACUUGGCGGAUGUCGGCUGGAAGCUGUUGGAGUUCAAAACCAGAUCAAAACGUUCAGUAGUUUUGUAGUUUUGCUGAAUGAUCUUUGCCCUAUACUACAACUUUUGAAAAUGGCCCGCUCAGCAAAUGAGGUUUCCGGCGUCCAUAAACUUCAAAGAUAUGGAUCCAUCUAUGAACCACUCAAACUCUCCUUUCUCCAUCGGGAAGAUGAGCCACUGUGGGAGAAGCUGGACCGGUACUACAAUGCCGUGAAGUCAACCAUCCUUAAUUAUCAGAGCCCUACAACUGGCCUGUUUCCUGUAAAGACUUACUCUGACUGCAUAGAGGCCAAAGUACGAGAUUCCCUCUACUGUGCAGCCAGUGCCUGGGCCCUGGCUCUGGCAUACAGACGCAUUGAUGAUGACAUGGGUCGCACUCACGAGCUGGAGCACUCGGCCAUAAAGUGCAUGAGGGGGAUCCUGUACUGCUACAUGCGACAGUCGGACAAGGUGGAGCAGUUUAAGCAGGACCCCAGUCCAUUGAAAUGUCUCCAUUCAGUAUUCAAUGUACACACAGGGGAUGAGGUGCACUCCUACGAGGACUAUAGUCACCUCCAGAUUGAUGCUGUCUCUCUCUUCCUGAUCUACCUGGUGGAGAUGAUCAGUUCUGGCCUUCAAAUCAUCUACAACACUGAUGAGGUGUCUUUUAUACAGAACCUGGUCUUCUGCGUGGAGAGAGCAUACAGAGUCCCUGACUUUGGAAUGUGGGAGAGAGGGAGCAAAUACAAUAAUGGGAGCACUGAGCUGCAUUCAAGUUCUGUUGGGCUUGCCAAAGCAGCACUUGAAGCUGUCAAUGGAUUCAACCUGUUUGGAAACCAGGGUUGCUCUUGGUCAGUCAUUUUCGUGGACAUCGAUGCCCACAACCGAAACCGACAAACUUUGUUUUCCCUGCUUCCGAGAGAGUCAAGAUCACAUAACACGGACGCUGCCCUCCUGCCUUGCAUCACCUACCCGGCCUUUUCUGUGGAUGACGACGCCCUCUUCAGUCAGACCCUGGACAAGAUCGUGCGCAAGCUGAAGGGGAAGUACGGGUUCAAGCGCUUCCUGCGCGACGGCUACAGGACCGCCAAUGAGGACAAGAACAGGAGAUACUAUAAACCUGCGGAAAUGAAGCUUUUCGACGGAAUUGAAUGCGAGUUCCCCAUAUUUUUUAUAUACAUGAUGAUUGACGGCGUGUUCAGAGGGAAUACAGCUCAAGUCAAGGAAUAUGAAGCCCUACUGCAGCCUAUAAUUUUCCAGUCCUAUGAAGGACACGCGGUCAUCCCCAAGUACUACUACGUGCCGGCCGACUUUGUGGAGGGCGAGCAGAAGAAGCAUGGGAGCCAGAAGCGUUACCCCAGCAACUCGGGACGGGACGGCAAGCUCUUCCUCUGGGGACAGGCCCUCUACACCAUCGCUAAGCUGCUCGUGGAUGGCCUGAUUAGCCCCAAGGAAAUUGACCCUGUUCGCCGCUACGUGCCACGUGAAGAGCAGAGGAAUGUCAACCUGAGAUUCUCCAAUCAGGGCCCCAUUGAGAAUGAUGUGGUGGUUCAUGUGGCUCUGGUUGCUGAGAGUCAGAGACUGCAGGUCUUCCUCAACACCUAUGGCAUUCAGACCCAGACACCCCAGCAAGUGGAGCCAAUCCAGAUCUGGGCCCAAAAGGAGCUGGUGAAGGCCUACCGCUUCCUGGCAGUCAACAAGAAGCUGGGACUCAGCGGGCGCCCGGAGAGGCCGGUGGGCUGCCUAGGAACCAGCAAGAUUUAUAGAAUCCUGGGGAAGACUGUCGUUUGCUACCCGAUCGUCUUUGAUUUGAGCGACUUCUACUUGUCUCAAGACGUCAUGCUGUUGAUAGAUGACAUCGAGAAUGCCUUGCAGUUCAUCAAACUUUCCUGGAAAAUGCCUGGGCGACCAUUAUUCCUGGUACUCGUUAGAGAAGACAACAUCAAGGGCAGCCGUUUCAACCCAGUCCUGGACAUGUUGGCCUCUUUCAAAAAGGGAAACAUUGGAGGGGUGAAGGUCCAUGUGGACAGACUGCAGACACUGAUAUCUGGCGCGGUGGUGGAGCAGCUGGACUUUCUACGCAUAAAUGAAGUCGACGAAAUCCCAGAGUUUAAGAGCUUUGAGGAGCUGGAGCUGCCUCGGCACUCCAAGGUGAAGAGGCAGACCAGCACGCCCAAUGCCUCAGACCUGGAGCAGCAGCCUGAAAUCGACUUUGAGGAGUGGACUCACAAAUCCACCGUGGAAGUUCUGCAGAAGUUUCAUGACUGCAAUUGCCUGGUCAGCCAGGCCCAGCUGGCCUGCAUUCUCAUAAAGAAAGAGGGACCUGAUUUUAUUGCAAAAGACGCAAGCCUCGCGGAGGAGCUCGAGCGCAUCUACAGAAGAGCUGGCAGUCGGAAACUUUGGCUGGCAGUGCGUUAUGCUGCUGCAUUAACCAAGAAGGUUGCCAGUUCUCUUGCACCACAUAUUACCACACUGGUGGUUCAUGGCAAGCAGGUGACCCUGGGGAUAUUUGGUCACGAGGAGGUGGUGAUCUCCAACCCCCUGUCUCCGGGAGUCAUCAAAGACAUCAUCUACAGCCAGUGCAGUCCACAUGGCGAACGCGAGGCUGUGCUUCAGCAGGAGCUGGUCAUCCACAUCGGCUGGAUCAUCUCCAACAACCCCGAGCUCUUCAGCGGCAUGCUCAAGAUUAGGAUCGGUUGGAUUGUUCAAGCCAUGAAGCAUGAACUGAAGAUUAGAGCUGGGGACAUGCCACCUCGGGACAUAUUCCAGCUGUCCCCCAGCGAAGUGAAACAGCUGCUGCUGGAUGUGCUCAAGCCAGAGCAAACUGGGAGCCUGCCUGGUUUCUGUAGGUCCUGGCUGGACAGGCGCCAGAUUGACGGCUCUCUCAAUCGAACACCUCUGGGUUUCUACGACCGGGUGUGGCAGAUUUUGGAGAGAACUCCCAAUGGCAUUGUAGUUGCUGGUGUGCACCUCCCACAGCAACCCACACUGUCGGACAUGACGAUGUACGAGAUGAACUUCUCUCUGCUGGUGGAGGACAUGCUGAAGCACAUUGAUCAGCCAGAGUACAGGCAGAUCAUUGUGGAGCUAUUAAUGGUGGUGUCCAUUGUCCUGGAGAGAAACCCGGAGCUGGAGUUCCAGGAUAAAGUGAACCUGGACUCUCUGGUGAAAGAGGCCUUUAGUGACUUCCAGAGGGACCACAGCCAGUCAACAGCGACUAAAAAACAUGACAACACAGAGGCGUUUUACAACAGCCCUCCAUUGGCUAAGGGUGGGACGUCCUGUUACCUUACCAAGGCUGUGAUGAUCCAACUGCUGCAGGGAGAGGUGAAGUUCAAGGAGGACCCCUGCACCGUCAGCUAAACGCCUUGCUACACCUUACUCAGGGCUUGAACAGUGUACUCACACUGGGGGGGCUGCUUCACAGAACACCCCGUCAUUCACAAAUCCUGAAAAUCACUUUUUUACAGCACCUGCAUGGCAAGCUAAGACAGGCUCCUUAGUGCUUUGGAUAUCCGGCUUUCUAAACGCAGCUUUAAAAAGGCCCUGCCAGGAGAUUUGGCAACCGCAUGUUUGUACUGCAACCACCUCAGCUUUAUUGAUGAGCUCCUUAAGCAGGGCUGAGAAGAGAUUGUUCUUAAAAUGAAUGUUACCUUUUUCUGAAUGUGGUUUUGAUUGUUUUAUUCAUGAUUCAUUUGUUAAUACAUGUAGUUACAAGCCAUGUGCCUAUAUUAUAGGGGUUUUACUCAAAAUUCCUUCUGCGGCCAGCGUUAUAUUUGAUUGGUUCUCUCAGGUGCCCAAUCAGAAAAAGGAGGAGGUGGGGUUAAUUUUUAUGUUUCAUUAGACUAGGGACAUCGCUGAAAGAAAAAAAAAAAGAAAAAAGAAUAUUGUAUUCCCUCAAACCCCCUUCUCCUGAACUGUAUUUAAUUAAAUAGUUUUGCCAUAUAUCUUGUAUAUUGUAUUUAUGCCAAGCAGUUCAAUGUGUUAUUUAUUUAUUUUUUUAAGUGAGUGAAAUAAAGAGCAACAGAAAGGAUCUGGUGAGCCUCAAACUCGGGUUUCCAGCAGGAGAGACUACCACACUAAUGACUGCACUAAAUCUGCAGGGCACUUACUCUGUUCCUUGGGCAUAGGAGGCUGUUAUUUGGGCAUACGAUGAAUAAUGACCACCACCUACUCCUUUUUUCUGAUUGGGCACCUGAUAUCUAAUGCUGCCCUCAGAAUGCAUUUCAAUAAAUAAAACUGUCUUACUUGAUGCAGUGUUGCAAGUUGUAAUCGUCUGGUGGGUAGUUUUCAGUGAACAAGUGUUUCAUUCUGCAUCCCCAUCUCCCCCCUGCUAAUUCAUAUUUGCAGUGACUUCCUGUAGUUUUGCUGGCUGUGACUGAAAAGCAUGAAAGUAAAAUGUGAGAAACUGUUACAAUUUAA